AUGUUGGCUGCUGCUGAGACCGCACCGCUGGCGAGGUGCGCACGAGGGCAGAGAGGCUGGUACACGAACGAAGCGCAGCACGAAAUCUCCGAAGCGUCUAAGGAGAUUAAGGCGGCCCAGCAGCAACAACGUGGGGCCUUAAAGAACAGCGCCUUCGAGGCGACCCUGAAGGCGAUGCUCAAGGCGGCGCGGAAGAAGCGCAGCAUCGCGAGGUGGAGAGCACUGGAAACGUUCUUCGAGGCCUAUGUACGGCAGCUCGAGAAGAAGAGCCGCGAGGGGGAUCAGGCGGGUUUCUACAGGCACCUGAAGAUGAUCGACGUCGAACGUAAGAGGUCGUUCACCUCUCAGAACAUUAAGGACGAGGACGGCAAGGUCCCUCGGGACCCCGCGUUUAUUCGCCAACGGUGUGCACGGUGGUUCCACAAGCUUCUCAACACCAAGUCGCCGACCAUCGACCUGCAUGCGGCUG